AUGCAGGCAUUACCGUCCACAUUAACCGACGAACCGACUGAAAACAGUGCCUCUAAGAGGGUCACGUCCAGUCCAUUUCGUAGAAAAAGAGAGGUCCUUAAAAAUCAAUCUUCCCUUCUUGCUUCUUGUUUAUUCGUUCUUCUUUCUUUUUCUCUUCGUUUUAUUUUCUCUUUAACUUUUAUUUUUGUAUUCUUCAUUAGCAAUAAUUCUUCACCUUUUCUUCCUUUCCUUCUUCUUCUUCAUCUUCUUCUCCUCCUCCUUAUUAUUAUUAGUAGUAGUAGUAUUCGAUUCAUUAUCUUUUUGUAUCAUUUCUUCAUGCCCUUUCUUAUUCUUUUUCGUUUUCCUCUUCAUUUGCUUUGUCUCUUAAAAGGUUUUCUUGUCAUCUCAUUUUUUCUUCUUCUUCUUCUUCUUCUUCGUUUCUUAAACGUUUUUCUUGUCAUCUCAUUUCUUCUUCUUCUUCUUCUUCUUCUUCUUCUUCGUUUCUUAAAAGUUUUUCUUGUCAUCUCAUUUCUUCUUCUUCUUCUUCUUCUUCUUCGUUUCUUAAAAGUUUUUCUUGUCAUCUCAUUUCUUCUUCUUCUUCUUCUUCUUCUUCUUCUUCUUCGUUUCUUAAAAGGUUUUCUUGAUUUCUUUUCCUUUCAUUUCUUCUCUUUCAUCUUCUUUCUAGUUUUUCAAAAGUUUUCUUGUCCUCUCAAUUCUUCUUUUUCUUCGUUUCUUGAAAUGUUCUCUCGUUCUUUCAUUUCUUCCUCUUCUUCUUCGUUUCUUAAAAGGUUUUCCUAUCAUCUCAUUUCUUCUUCUUCGUUUGUUCAAAGAUUUCCUUUUCCUCCCAUUUCUUCGUUCUUAAUUAUAUCUUUUUUAUUUCUUAUUUUUCUUAUUUCUCUUUUACUUUUGUUUCUUCUUGAUUUCAUUUUCUUAUUUUUCGUUUCUUCUAUUCUAUAUCUCAUUCUCUCUCUUCUUUCAUUCCUCUUUUAUUCAACCCACAAGGAAAAAAAAAAAGAACGAUGCCUUUACCUACUUAGAAGACUGCCUCGAAGAAUGUUUCGAAACUGUAUUUCGCUUUGGGGAGACCGAUAA